UUGGCCUCCCAAAGUGCUAGGAUUACAGGCGUGAGCCACCACACCUGGCCCACACUAUUUUAUACUUUGCUUUUUUUGCAAUAAUUCACCCUGGAGAUCAUUCUCUAUUAAUAUAUAAGGAGGUGUGCGUGUGUUUUUAAACAACUGUAUAGUUUUCUUUUAUAGGGAAAGUGACAUUUAACCAAUCCCCUACUGAAGAGUAUUUAUGUCAUUUCCAUAUUACUGUUACAGUGGUGCAGUGAAUACCAAAUAUAAGUACAUACAUAUAUAUGUGAAUAUAUGUAUCUAUAUCAUUUUGAAAGGUUGUGCCAAUUUACACUUUUGUGCAAUGCAUGAAAAUACUAUUUUCGUGCCAGUCUUACCAACAAACUUUUGGAUUUUUAUCAAGUGUUAUGAAUGCAUCAUCUCAUUCAAUUACCAUACCAACCUACAAAAUAGUGAUAUUAUUCCCAUUGUAUAUAACUGUGCUGUGAGCUCACAUGGCUGGUAUGGAAGAGCUGGCUUUCCAGCAGUUAUGCUGUGCUGCCUCUUUAAUAAUUCACUUUACCUUAAAUUUAGUUAGGUUGUUUCUUUAAUCAGAUAUUUAGAAGAUUGUCAUUUUGGUUAAUAAUAUACAUGUAUGUAUAAAUAUAUAUAUACACACACAUACUUAUGCAUCUUAUAUGUGUAUCCAACUUCAUUUUGAAAGAUUAAAAAUAAGUUUUUAACGCCUAACUAUCCUCAUUAAAAUACUGCAGAUCCCAUUUUACUAAUGGAGUUUCCUUUGUUUCUUGGCUGUGGAUUUUUUGAAGAUACCUUUAAUUUAUCAUCAAUUUCUGCCUUGAUUUCAGUUAAUUAGAUUUUAUAAGGAAAUAUGUAUGUAUAAUCCAGCCUGCAAGUUUUAACACCUUUCAUGGUUGGAUGAAAUUUUAAAUGUAAAGCAUCCAUGCGAAAAUGUGUCAUGUGAUUUAUUCCUGUUUGAGUGAGUUGGUAUUUUAUUUCUUCUACUGAUGAUCUAUUAUGGGAACAGAAGCAAUCUUUGAGUAUUAUUGGUUUUUAUGUUUUGUUAGCAUUUUAUAUUUUAAAUAUUCUACUUUAGUUAUCUAAAUCAAGUUAUUAUUUAGUUUAAAUGCUUACUUUUUAGCAGAAAAAAAGUUCAGAAACAAAUUGACACCUAAAUGAGCCAAACUUAAUUAUCACUUUGUUGUGUGGUAAUAGAAAUUCAAAUAGAGUAUGUAUGUGAAUUUUGUGGUACCGUGCCUUUAAAAAAGUUUCAUGUGCUUCAGUUUCCUGGCAGACAGUUUGAGGUACUAGCUCCAUGUUGUGAUGCUGAUACAACAGAACACUGUGUACAUACAUACGUGCCCUCCCCUGGCACAGAAGAAAUGCUUUCCUUGUGUAGACAGAGUGCUAAUUAAAGGAUUUUGAACAUACUGAUUAAAAGAGACUAUGGUAACAAAGCUGCUGAGUUAUUUCUGUUCUCUUACAAAAGUCUCUGCCAUCUACUGUGACCUUUUUGGGCCUUGUGCAGUGGGGCGUGCAAUUCAUUCUGGACUGGAGAGGAUUGGAAGGGGAGGGGGAGGAGAGAAGGGAAUGUUGGCUCAAUUGGGCUGCUAGGCUCUUGGCCUUUCAUUGUAGUUAUUUUUAACCCCUUGUGUGGUUUAAAUAUACCUGGUAACAUUGCCUAAUAAAGGUUUGUGUUUAAUAACUAAUUUAUAUUGUGGUAAGAUUGUUAAUGUUAUAAAUUUUUAACUUACUCUCAUCUUAAUUAGUUCUUUGGUUAUACUUUUUCUGCCUUAAUUAUGUAAAAUUACUGGGAUAUUACUGGUCAUUGGGUUCUUUAAUUAAUAGUAUCAAGAAACAAUUAAAACCUGAAAGUGUGCUUAAAAUAUGUAAUUUAAUGAUUCACUUACUUUAAUAAUGCAUAUGAAAUUCCUAGCAAGGUCUGGCAGUCUCUCAAUUAUCUUUUAUAAUAAUAUUAUAAACUUUAAAAAGAAAACUAUUUAGAGACUUAAAACAUUAAGUAUUUAACCCCCAUAGUUGUAGGGAACAUAGCAGUUAUGUUUUUUUUUUUUUUUAACUUACUGUCCAUUAAAAUUAAGAAAGGAAAAAAAAAUCAGAAGUUUGUACUUAGCUAGGAAUCUGCAUCUUUAGAGUUCAAAACUACAAUUUGUCCUCUGAUUAGGUAUCAUUAUGUUGAACUCCAAAGGGUCAUUUACAUUCCUUUGUAACAUUGGAGCUCUGGUGUAUCGAAUUGUGUUUUGAGAUAAAUAAGCCACUAGCAGGGACUUGAACAUUCCAUUUUCUUUAGAUUUUGUUGUAUCAGCAUGUGAAUAUGCUGAAUACAACUUGUGUCCUAAAACAUUACAAGCUAUAACAUUUUCACGUUGUACUCAAAUUUCUUCAUCAUCUGUAUUAUAUGAAUUUUGUGUACUGUUUUGUGGGUGGAUUUCUAAGAUAAGAUUGGCAGUUCCUACUAGCUUUUUAAAAAGAUCCUCAGGUUGCUGUAGCUGGAUGAUCACAUGUCAUUUAAUUUCCGAUCCUUAAAAUGGAGAUCCUUAAAAUGGAGUGCCGGCUACAUAAGUUUGCAGACUGUCUUUUUAUGACCCUGUGUUUAUGGAAUUGCCCUGAAGCCAUGGAAUGUGAGGAUGGGUUUCAUUGUAGCAGUGUGGGUUUGUUGAGUUUUGCCAGUGUAUUUUAUAACAAGAAAUAGGAGACUUGUUGGAUAAUUCAAGGCUAUAUUUUGGCCAGUUGAUACUCUUCAUGAUGGAAUUAUAAGAAAGAUUAUAUAUUUCUAAAAGAUGGCGGCAAGGCAUCCCAGGCAAAUGUAAGAAUAGGCGAUGUGGUUCUCAGCAUUGAUGGAAUAAGUGCACAAGGAAUGACUCAUCUUGAAGCCCAGAAUAAGAUUAAGGGUUGUACAGGCUCUUUGAAUAUGACUCUGCAAAGAGCAUCUGCUACACCCAAGCCUGAGCCGGUUCCUGUUCAAAAGGGAGAACCUAAAGAAGUAGUUAAACCUGUGCCCAUUACAUCUCCUGCUGUGUCCAAAGUCACUUCCACAAACAACAUGGCCUACAAUAAGGCACCACGGCCUUUUGGUUCUGUGUCUUCACCAAAAGUCACAUCCAUCCCAUCACCAUCGUCUGCCUUCACCCCAGCCCAUGCGACCACUUCAUCACAUGCUUCCCCUUCACCCGUGGCUGCCGUCACUCCUCCCCCGUUUGCUGCAUCUGGACUGCAUGCUAAUGCCAAUCUUAGUGCUGACCAGUCUCCAUCUGCACUGAGCGCUGGUAAAACUGCAGUUAAUGUCCCACGGCAGCCCACAGUCACCAGCGUGUGUUCCGAGACUUCUCAGGAGCUAGCAGAGGGACAGAGAAGAGGAUCCCAGGGUGACAGUAAACAGCAAAAUGGUAACCCUGGCACUGUGAAAAUCCCACCUAAACGCCCACCAAGAAAACACAUUGUGGAGCGCAAUACAGAGUUUUAUCAUAUACCCACUCACAGUGAUGCCAGCAAGAAGAGACUGAUUGAGGAUACUGAAGACUGGCGUCCAAGGACUGGAACAACUCAGUCUCGCUCUUUCCGAAUCCUUGCCCAGAUCACUGGGACUGAACAUUUGAAAGAAUCUGAAGCUGAUAAUACAAAGAAGGCAAAGUUUGACAGUUCUCUGGAAGACCUGCCUAAGAGUGGACCUCACCCACCUGCAACUCCUCAGGUGUUAACCAUUGGUAGCCAAGUGGCCAUACUUUCUAAAGUAGCAACUACUUAUUCUAGUUUAAGCAGCUCCACAGGAAAUGUGGAAGAUUCUUUCGAAGGUUUUCGAAACUUUUCUACCUUCUCUUCUCCUGCUAGAUACAGUGCUGCAGUUCUGAGCAGUGCAGCUGCUACUGUGUCUGCUGUUAUUGCUGCAAAAACCAGGCUCUACACUCCUGAAAGAUAUCACUCGCUCUUGGAUGCACUUUGCAUCAGUCCUGUCUCCAAGCCUUUAGCUUUUUCCUAUCUGCAGUCCUCAAGGAAAUCAACUGACUCUAUCCAUGUUAAGAAAACAAGUAACUCUCAGGAGCCUUCUCCACAGUUGACUUCCUCAGUAGCUUCCACACGGAGCAUGCCCGAAAGCCUGGACAGCCCAGCCUCCGGCAGACCAGGAGUAGCCAGCCUCACAACUGCAGCUGCCUUCAAGCCUGUAGGAUCCACCGGUGUCAUCAAGUCACCAAGCUGGCAACGGCCAAACCAAGCAGGUAGCCCAAAAAAAUCUCUUACUUCUUGCUUUUCAUAAUGAGUGUCAUUAUGAAAAUGUGUUCUGGGAUAUAUGGUAGAAUUCACUGGUAAAACCCAUUCUCAAUAAUCUAAGAUUUAGAAAGGACUGUCAAGAUUAACUAUAGCUAUUUUUCUCUCUGAGACAUCUCAUAAACAUUCUUUGUGUGUAUUUGAUACAGUUGCAUUUGCUAUUCAUAAUUGUAGGAUUGGGCAUUUCCUUGUUUCCCAGAAUACUCAGGAAGCAUGUGUUGAAUUGUAAAUUUGGGUCUUAUUUAAUAACAAAAUAUAUUGUUGUAAGGUUAUGCUUGGAAAUACAACAUUUUAGUUUUGAUGAUACGUACAAAUAACCACAGAAACAUUAUUGCCAUCAAACAAUUACUGAAGAAAGCACCUUCCAAUUCUUGUUCUCACAAUUUAUGUAGCAUAGGGAAAGAAGGACACAGCACUAGAAAGAGCAUUUGAGCAGCAGGAUGGAACAUCUUGGCCUCAGUCUGAAAACCUGAGUUGUCAUUGACUUCUACAGAUUAACGGCUUUAAAUAAAGUCACAUAGCCUCUUUGAUACCCUCAGUUUUCUGAUCUACAAAAUGAAGAAAGACUAGCCAGGUGCAGUGGCUCACACAUGUACUCCCAGGACUU